AUGGCUUCGUCCGCACCCGCUGCUCCCUCCUACGCUCCGAUGAACUAUGCAUCUAGUUACUCGACUCCAGCAUAUCCGAAUCACCAACAGUACACAUCUCCGCAACCGCAGGGCUAUCCGAAUGUGGCCAACUCGACUCCCUACACUGCUGCCAACCCAUAUGCCCACCCUGCAGCGACACCUGGCUCGUCCUAUCAGCGGCAACCAGGCUACGAUGCCGCUUACGCGCCGCCACCAUCGACGACGCAGUCCACGUCGACCUACGCUCCAGUCAUGCCCAACCCGCCGCAUACGCAGCCCGCCCCGCCCCCAAUGAUGGGCCCGCCUAUGCGCUGGGGAUUUGAACAGGGCAAUGCGAACCCCGCGGGCUCGUAUGCGGGGGCCCAACGUAACCAGCGCGGUCCGCGUCCGUUCAAUGCCUACGGUGGCCCGACUCCCACCGGUGGACACCAGAUGCACCAUGCCAACAAGCGUGACCACAAAUCGGCGUUUGGCAAGCCGCAGUCCAUCGGGCCGCGAGUCCCUGCACCACCGCCAGUGCCGAGCUUCGGUAAUCCGCUCCCGUCAAAACCGCCCCCUCCGGCGGAUGCCGCCCGGAAACCGAAGAAAAAGAAGAGAAAGCACAACCAGCUGGGGCUGACGCCGAAGACGGAGGAGCAUGAGUCGAGCGAGGAGGAGGACGACGUAGACGAAGAGUCCAAGUUCGCGCAAGGGGGCGCCGCUGCAGCCGCACUCCAAAUCACAUAUAGAGGCCGAACGUCGACAUUACAGAGUCCUGAAGAUAUAGCUGCGUGGAUCGAGGAACGAAAGAAACGGUUCCCGACCCAGGCUAGAAUAGAAGAGAGAAAGAAGGCUAUGGAAGAGGCGAAGAAGGCGCGCGAAGAAGCUGCGCGACAAAGAGAACAACGCCGACAGGAGACGAAGCGGGCGCAGAAAGAGCAGGCUAAUGAUGGGGCCAAUCCAAUGGAUGAGGCUGCGAAAGCCAAGCAAAGGGCCGACAAGCUACGGCGAAAGCUGCAGAAAGAGCAGAAGCGUGUGGAAAAGGCCGAGGCUGAUGCCGAGCGUGCGCGAAUGAAGGUCGAGGAGUUACAAAAAGCGGCGUCUGCUCAAGCUCAGCCUGGGGGCAGCGGAUCGGACGUGGCCCCUCAAGGGGUUGAAACUACAGAUGCCGUCUCAACCGACACCGCUAAUGUCGUACCGAGCAAAGAUGCAGUGGAAGACGAUGCAGCCUUGUCAUCCCACGCCUCGGAGAGUAGCGAUUGGACAUCGUCCAGCGGGUCGGAUACAUCCUCAGAUUCUGACGAUAGCGACGAUGACUCGGCGCCCGAAGAGGCCACUUCUCGACGCGAGGGACCCGAACGGGUGGCGCCGCCUGCAAGAGAGAGCAAGAAACGCAUAUGCCGUCAUUUUCUCCGGACCGGGCGCUGUCUACGGGGAGAUAACUGCAAGUUUCUGCACGAGAAGCCAGAGCGGCCGGUCAAACAGAAGGCUGCGGAGAAGCCCGGGCGGAAGGGACUUCUUCAAGCGCUGCUUGGUCGCCAGAAAGAGGACGAAGAUCGACGAGCGAUGGAAGUGAUAGUGUGGUUGGGAGAGAACGGGCUGUUGGAGAAGACCGAGUCUGGCGACAGUGCUCCAGCGACGGAAGCCCAGCAUGAUAACAGUGAAACUCAGCAGCCGGUUGGAUAG